AUGACCAGCGGAAGCACGGACAAGGUUUUCAAGCAUCGAAAGAAGCUUGGUCUCAAGUUUGAUGGAUCAAUCAGCACAAACGGGUAUUCCGUUACCAUCCACUUCAAGAAGCCAGGGCUCAAGUAUGGCUAUCGGGCGCGGAAGCGCAGCAAGGCUGAAAUGCGGGAAGAAGUCGAGCAGCUGUAUUUUGAGCACCACAUCGCCGAACUAAGGGAGGCUCCAAACAUCGUCAGCAUUGAUCUAAACAAGCGUGACCUCUUGUUCUGUCGGCCUUUGGCCAAGGGCGUACGACGAGUACAUCAAUGGCCGGAUCAACCGUCGGAGAGUCUUCCGGGAGCCCGAUUCGAAAGAGUACUGUCGGCGCAGAAGUUCCUGGCGGGUCGGGCAUCGGCGGGUCAGCACCCACACCUGGUGCUCAGCAAUCUCCUCCUUCCGUCCACGGUCGAGGCGCUGUAUCGAUGUCGGCACUCCACGCGAGGAGACAUUUGGAUGAUCUCUGACGGUGCACACACGGUUGAAUUCCUACUUGACUGCGUGUGCACCGCCAGUGAGGAUCGCAUCAAUAGGAUCGCGUGCGGAUUGUCUGGCUAUUCACCUAAAAGCAGCUCGGGCAGAACAACAAGUGCAGAAGACAGUGGUCGUAUCACAGCGACGCUGACCCGUUGCAACGAAGAUGUCACGCAGGACCUGAACGACGACGAAGGCUUCAAUCUGACCUCGGAAGCCUCCGAGUGGGCGAAAGACUUGGGCUAUGCAAAGGCAGGAUCCUACAGGCACCUUGAGACCGGGCUGGCGCGCUUUUCCACCACAGUACGGCACUACGGCGCCGGCACCGGCUUUACUCGGGACCUGAUGAGAGGGUGCCAUUUUGUCAUGGUCGAAGCCUACAUCCUCACCGGGAAAAGAACUGGCAUUUGGAGGCAGGCAGAUCUGCAGUUACUUUUAGAUGAGAAAGAUUGGGAGGACAUUGGAAACCUGGGAAGGGCGCCCGCCGAUGCUCAUAUCUCUUUCGACCGAAACCAUGGCAACGACUCUGUCGAUUCAUACCAAGCAGGGACUUCCGCUGGAAAACCUGGAUGCGUCAGGGACCAUGAAAACACUCGGCCUCGAAUGAACAAGCAUUCCUAUCCUACCAUAACUGGUGGCCCCUGCAUUGGUGGCAGUAUCGACGUCGAGGUCCUGGACACACGAACGCGCCAUCAGCUAGAUGAGGACAACGAGCCAAAUAACGAAGCCAUGGUCACAAUACCCGGUCAGUUCGCCAACUCUUCGCAUAAGCGAGAGCCCCAAUCCCAUCCCAGGCCCAAGCAGCGGUCGUGCGCGAAUCGAUAUUACGAAGUGGGGGCUUCCCUCAAGCGGAUGGCGGAACAGUAUCAGUACCGAGACAAAUUCGUCCAUGCAAAUGACCUGCAACAGCGCGCUGCGCCCACCGCAACAGCGGCGCGCGUGCUGGAGGAACGGGUUGCCUUCUUCUUUGCGGGUGCUGGCGUUCGGGGGGUGGGGCUGCCUUGCACCUCCCCUCAGCGUGACCCGCCCGGAUUGUGCGUAGCUGUACCGCAAUGGGCACCAUCCAAGCCCUUGUAUCAGCGUACGACCUCUGCACCUCCACGCUUCCAGUCAAUGGACAUCGUGACAAAACUGGAAACAAUGCCUCUCAUCUACGUCCCCCUGGAGUGCGGGGUUGAGAUGGCUAGGCAGCGGGCAUUAACCGCCGCCGCCCCCACACCCCCACGCCAAUUCAGUCCCCGAGUCCCAACCAAGCAUAGUCAACAAGCCAUCACACUCGCCGCCAGCGAGUUUAGGUCAAGGCGCUGCUCCUCCGAAGCCAGCCGUGUUACAACGCCACAGAAGCCCAUCGCAGGCUGCAUCGAAGCCAACCCCAUCAAAGCCUCCCGCAAAGACUGCAGCUAG